AUGGCGACCUAUGUGCCAAAGAAUCAUGCUUCCAUCACCAGUGCCGGCGGUACGCCCCUCGAAGAACAGGAUAAUCGGCGUCUUCAGCAAAUGGGAAAGAAACCAGUUCUUAAGCGAAAUUUCGGCAUUGUCUCGAUCUUUGGUUUCAGCUGCACUCUUCUGGGUACGUGGGAAGGUCUGCUUGGUACCUUCAUUAGGCCUCUACAGAAUGGCGGACCUGGUGGGACUGUCUAUGCCUUCAUUUUUGCGUGGGUGGGCACCGCAGCUAUUUUUGUGGUUCUGUCGGAAUUGACUUCGAUGGCACCCACUGCCGGAGGGCAAUAUCACUGGGCUGCCAUGCUUGCCCCCAUCAGAUAUCAGAAGUUCCUCAGCUAUAUCUCAGGUUGGUGGGCUGUUCUUGGUUGGCAGACUGCCCUUGCAUCGUGUGCCUUUAUGACCGGAACAAUGAUCCAGGGCGCUGCGAUCCUGGGAAACAGUCUCUAUAAAUCAUUAUCUUGGCAAGGCACUUUGAUUGUUUGGGCUACACUAUUAUGCGCAUUGCUUGUGAACCUGUUGGGCGGGAAGCUCCUGCCUCGCAUUGAGUCUGUCCUUUUGGUCGUGCAUAUCCUUGGAUUUUUCAGCAUUAUGAUCCCAUUAACCUGCCUGUCGGACCAUAAGCCAAAGGAAGAAGUGUUUUUACGAUUUUUGAAUAGCGGGGGAUUCAGCACACAGGGAUUAUCUUGGUUCGUCGGGAUGACUAGCUGUGCUUUUGGCUUCGCUGGAGGUGAUGCCGCUGUCCAUAUGUCCGAAGAAGUCGCAAAUGCAUCACGCAUUAUCCCGCACGCGUUAAUACUUAGUAUUGUACUGAAUGGUUGUCUCGGCUUCGGUAUGCUGAUUGCCGUUCUCUUUUGUGCUGGCGACCUUGAAGAUGCGUUGAACUCUCCCACUGGGUACCCUUUUAUGGAAAUAUUCUAUAAGGCUACUCGUUCUCUGCCUGGCUCACUAUUCAUGUGCUCCAUUCUAAUCAUCAUAUACUGCUGCUCUCUUAUGGGUCUGCUAGCGGCGGCAUCUCGUCAGCUUUGGUCCUUUUCUCGAGACAGAGGAGUUCCGGGUUGGCGUUGGUGGAGUCAGGUUUCCUCGUUCCAGGAGCUACCUGUCCAGUCUAUUAUACUUACAGUCGUCGUCAGUGCGAUGUUAGCUCUCAUUAAUAUUGGUUCUUCUGUUGCCCUAGAUGCCAUUGUGUCAAUGGCAGUAUCUGCCUUGUACCUUUCCUAUCUCAUGGUUUCAAUCCUCCUCCUCUACCGGCGUGUCAGGGGUGAUAUUUCAUUAUAUAAUCAUAGUGGUGACGACGUUGUCAAUGUGCCCGGUGCGAAGCUUGCCUGGGGACCAUUCCAAUGCCAGGGUGUCUGGGGUAUCGCGAUUAACGCGUUCGCAGUCGUGUACAUUAUGAUUGUCGUCUUUUUCAGUUUUUGGCCCUCUGAGAUGCACCCGAGCGUCGAAAGUAUGAACUGGAGCGUGCUCGGUACAGGGGGAAGCAGCUUUCUUGCCAUUGGAUACUACUUUGCACGUGCCAGACACAUCUAUACUGGGCCUAUCAGGGAGCUUUAA